UAUAUCCAUUUAGAAUCUUAAGAAUAAAACUCAAGUAUUUUCCGACCAGUAGUUUCAUUUCUCAAACAAACAGACUAUGCUAACACUUGACACAGAACCAAACAUCAAACUCCACAUUGUUCCAUGAUAUUCCAUUCCCACCUUCGCAACAAAUUCAAACUCAAACUCACCAAAAACACUUGCUUCUCUCUUUCAUUCUUUUCUUCUUCAUCUUCUUCAAACACUCACCAAAACCUUCUCCAUCUAAUUACCCUCUCCCACACCCUUCCACAAACAAAGCAACUUCACGCCUUCGCCAUCCUCCAUGGUUUCCUCCCUCACAGUAUCUCCCUCUCCGCCUCUCUCAUUCUCCAAUACGCCACUUUUAAUCACCCCGCAUCUUCCCUUCUUCUAUUCCAAAACAGUGUUCCAUUUUCCCGCACUGCCUUCUUGUGGAACACCCUCAUCCGUGCUUAUUCCAUUGCUGGUGUUUUUGAUGGGUUUAGUAUUUAUAACACCAUGGUUCGUGAAGGUGUUAUGCCUGAUGAUCACACCUACCCUUUUGUUUUGAAGGCUUGUUCUGAUUCUUUGGAGGUUGGUAAAGGUAGGGAGGUUCAUGGAGUUGUGUUUAAGUUUGGUUUUGAUAGAGAUGUAUUUGUUGGGAAUACCCUUUUGAUGUUUUACGGUAAUUGUGGUCUUUUUGAUAAAGCAAUCAAGGUGUUUGAUGAAAUGUUUGAUAGGGAUAAGGUUUCUUGGAAUACUGUUAUUGGUUUGUGUUCUGUUCGGGGUUUUUAUGAGGAGUCGUUUGGUUUUUUUAAAGGGAUGGUUGCUGCUGGGUCGGUUAUUAGACCAGAUUUGGUUACCAUUGUUAGUGUGUUGCCGGUGUGUGCGGAUAGUGGGAAUGAGGAUAUGGCGAGAGUUGUGCAUGGUUAUGUUUUGAAGGUUGGUUUGUUGGGUUGUGUAAAGGUUGAAAAUGCGUUGGUUGAUGUUUAUGGGAAAUGUGGGAGUGAGAAGGCUGCGAAGAAAGUUUUCGAUGAAAUGGAUGAGAGAACCGAGGUUUCGUGGAAUGCUAUUAUUACUAGUUUUUCUUUUAGAGGGAUGUAUAUGGAUGCUUUGGUUGUCUUUAGGUUGAUGAUUGAUGCAGGAAUGAGACCGAAUACUGUCACCGUUUCUAGUAUGCUACCUGUAUUAGGAGAAUUAGGACUUUUUAAGUUGGGAAUGGAAGUGCAUUGCUUUUGUUUAAGGGUGGGUAUUGAGUCUGAUGUUUUUAUUGCUAACUCGUUGAUAGAUAUGUAUGCGAAAUCAGGAUUGUCAUGCGUGGCAUCCACUAUAUUUAACAAGAUGGGAGAUAGAAACAUUGUGUCGUGGAAUGCUAUGGUUGCAAAUUUUGCUCAGAACAGACACCAUUUUACAGCUGUAGAAUUAGUGAGGCGAAUGCAAGCUCACGGAGAAACCCCGAACAAUGUGACCUUCACAAAUGUUCUUCCAGCAUGCGCAAGAUUAGGUUUCGUGAAUGUUGGAAAAGAAAUUCAUGCCAGGAUAGUUCGGACUGGAUACACAUUUGAUUUGUUCAUCUCCAAUGCUCUGACAGACAUGUAUUCGAAAUGCGGAAGCUUAAACCUUGCUCGAAAAGUUUUCAAUACUUCAGUCAAGGAUAAAGUUUCCUACAAUAUACUAAUUACGGGCUAUUCUCAAACAAGUAACUGCUCAGAAUCUCUAAAUUUAUUUUCAGAAAUGAGACUCACUGGCAUGAUUCCUGAUAUUGUUUCGUUCAUCGGUGUCAUAUCCGCCUGUGCAAAUCUGGCUUCCAUUAAGCAAGGUAAGGAGAUUCAUGGGCAUCUGGUAAGAAAGCUUUUCCACACACAUCUUUUUGCGGCAAAUUCCCUUUUGGAUUUGUAUACCAAGUGCGGUCGAAUAGAUCUAGCAACUAAAAUCUUCGACCGCAUUCAAGACAAGGAUGUGGCAUCAUGGAAUACUAUGAUUUUAGGGUAUGGUAUGCUUGGUGAAUUGGAAACUGCAAUCAACCUAUUCGAAGUAAUGAAGGAAGAUAGUGUGGAAUAUGAUUCAGUUUCCUUUAUCGCAGUUUUAUCGGCAUGUAGUCAUGGAGGACUAAUUGAGAAAGGGAGUAGAUAUUUUAAGAAAAUGCAGGAUCAUAAUAUUGAGGCAACACAUAUGCACUAUGCUUGUAUGGUUGAUCUUCUAGGAAGAGCAGGACAAAUCGAAGAAGCUGCAAACCUUAUUAGAGACUUACCGAUCGAACCCGAUGCUAACAUAUGGGGUGCACUACUUGGAGCUUGUAGGAUACAUGGGAAUGUGGAAUUGGGGCAUUGGGCAGCUGAACAUUUGUUUAAAUUGAAGCCUCACCAUUGUGGUUACUAUAUACUACUUUCUAAUAUGUAUGCAGAAGCUGAAAGAUGGGAUGAGGCAAAUAGUGUGAGGGAAUUGAUGAAGACAAAGGGUGCUAAGAAAAAUCCUGGUUGUAGUUGGGUUCAAAUUGGUGACCAAGUCCAUGCCUUUCUAAUUGGUGAGAAAAUAGAUAGUUUGGAUAAUUGCUUUUGGUUAUCAGAAAGUGGUUGAAUUUAUUUGGUAGGAUUAAUCACAGUACUGUUAACGGCAUUUCCGGUUGCAUAAGCAAAAUGUAUUUGUUUAUUUAUUUAAAAUAUUUGUAUAGCACAUUUAUUAAUCUAACAAAAUUUUUAAGAUUUGUGGUAAGGGAAGAUUCUUUGGCAGGAA